CUUGGCUGUUGGAUGAUGAUGAUGAUGAUAAUAAUAAUUAAUUGAAUAGUACUAUCCUAUACAGUCUACUAUAAUACUACUGUACUACUAUCUACUACUCCUUAUGAUCAUCCCAUCCGGACUCCCUCUGCAAUAUGACAGCAUCCAUUGCCGCCGAUCUCACCACCCUAUCUACCCCAUCUCCUUAUAGGUAUCACUAUGCACCUCAUGCAAACAUCCCAAGAAGGCAAACCCUCCCACAUAAUCCCUCCCCCAGGCCAAGCAGCCAAGACAAAAUACAGAAGGAGACGAGAGUUACUCACCUAUCUCAUGCCAUGCCAUGCCAUGCCAUGCCAACCACCAACCCGUCACACCCAUGGAUCUUUAAUCAACUCCUUCCCGACUGUGUCACAUUCCUGUCUUGUCUAGCCCUAUAGAUUAAACACCAACAAACAUCAUGACAUGACAU